AGUGCUUGAGGCUCUCUCUCCUGUUCUGUAGUCCCAGCCCGGACCCUUGUCUUCAUCCCUUUGCCCUAAUAAACUUGUUCCUGGGAAGUACAGCGGAUUGAGCCUCCUCUGUCCUUUAUCACAACCCACGACGCCUGAGCUAGCAGAGCCCAGCAGGGGUCGGAGCUCUGUAGGUUCCACAGUGGGGUCGCCUUUCCCCUGUGGCUCCCCACUCCUGACAGCUGCCUGUGCCGGAGUGGCACCACAGAGCUAGCCCAGAGCUCCGGUGUGGCUAAGGAGCAGUGUCAGUUGGUGCCCAGUGUGGGGGCUUUUUGCCUGGAGACCUCACGGAGGAAUUGAACAGGCACCCAUCAUUUGGACUUUCGGGCAGCGACUACCCCGGUGGGAGCAGACCAAUUUUUGUCUGGUGGCGCUCCCGGGGAUCGAGGUGGCACCCCUCUUCGCGCAGAGGAUUGCCUCGGGGUGGUGAACAUCCCUUGCAGCACCCCAUCUGGACCUGGUGUGGUGAGUUCCCCAGGGGAAGUUUCUUGUUUUGGGUUCCAGUCUCUUAUCUUUCGUUCUUUUAAGUUCCCGUUUGCUGCGGAGGGGUGGUAGGAUUGCUGAGCCAAAUUGUUAAGUGUUGAAAAUGGGCGCAAAGUUGUCAGCUCAGCAAAGGGGGAUUUAUUUCCAAGUUGUGGGAAUCCUUGUGUGGGGAGGGAAAACGUUUUCUAAGGGUUUGGUUAGGAGGUUUGUGAGGUGGCUGUUCUUGCACUACCCCCAUGUGUCCUUGGAAAACAUUUGUUCUGUCAACUUUUGGAAUACAGUCGGAGGUAAAUUGACAAUUUUAGUUAAUCAAGGGGACAAAACUGCUUCUAAAUUAAUACCACUUUUUGUUCUGAUUAGGUCCUCAUUAAUUGAAAAAGGGGGAGUGCAAGGGCAGCCAGGACAGUUUACCCCAGUUUCCCCAGUUUCCCCACCCCCAUGUACCUCUACCUCUGCCCCCAAGUUGGGGGAGACCUGCAGGGCAUCCCGUGAUACACAGGGCACCAGCAAUGGCUCUAGUCUCCCUGGCUCCCCACGUCUCCCUCAGAACCCCAGCCCUGGCAGCCCUGGCCGCCCUGGCCAAGCUGCCAGAGCACCUACCCAUUCCCCUGUCUCCCUGGUUGUUAAUCCAAAGUUUAAUGCUUCCCAGGUUGUUAAUCCCCAGUUAAAUGAAGUUAAAAAUCCCCAGUUAAUAUCCCAAGAUCCUUGUUCCCCUGUGUACCCCUGUUCUCCUUGUUCCCCUGUGUUUCCCUGUUCUUCCCCUGACUCACAAAAUGGCCCCCAGAGGGCACAACAUGGCAGGGAUCACAUGGUCGGACCUCUCCCUUGUGCUUCUCCUUCCCAAAAUCCCUUUCUUCCCCCAUUGACCAACCCCUUCUUCCCUAACUCCUCCCCUUCUUCCUACCCUGACCCCUCCCACUUCCCCUCAGGAAACUCCUCCUCUGGGGCAUGUCAUUCUAUCACCACACCCCCAAACCCCACCUCUUCCUGUUGUUGCUCCUCCCUUAAGCCCUCCCACUCAGUCAGUCCUCCAGCCCCGCCCCUUCUGGCUUCCGGCUCCCACGCCCCUCCUUCCGGUUCCCACGCCCCUCCUUCCGGUUCCCACGCUCAAAAAACCAGAAGUGUCAGGCCUGGAAACCAGAACUCAGAACUGGGUGAUACUCCCUUCGUUGCACCGGAGAGUUUUCGUGGCAGGGGGGGGAGGUACCAUGAAUGGGAGCCCUUCUCCUUCCAAACCAAGAGGGAGCUGUGCAAAGCUCAGAAAGAGUUUGGGAGAAGGAGCAAGUAUUUUAAAGGUCUACUGAAAGCUACCUUCUCCGCAAACGAAACGGUCCCCUCUGACCUAAAAGAUUUGUUUUCCUGCCUCCUUUCCUCAGCUGAGUUUAGGCUAUGGAAACAGGGGUGGAAGAGGGCAUUGGAGACCAUGCUUCCUGAGCUGUUGCACAGUGAAGAUACUGCGGUUGACGCAGAUGGCAAUCCCCUCACUUUAGAUCACCUGUGUGGCGAAGGGAAUUGGGCCAAACCUGAAGAACAGGCCAGAGGCAUACCUCGGUCUGUUCUUGUUAAGAUAGCGGAGGCUGCCGAGAAAGCAUUUAAUGCAAUGCCUGAAGAAGAACCACAGGCAAGUUUCCUGUCCAUCAAACAGUUCCCCAGUGAACCUUUUGUUAAGUUCGUUGACAGGCUACAAGUGCAAGUCGAAAGACAAAUAGAAAGACCUGAGCUUCAGGAAAACCUGCUUUUAGAAGUGGCUAAGAACAACGCCAAUGAAGUAUGCCGUCACAUCAUCCUCGGCUUGCCUCUCCAUCCGCCUCCCACCUUGGAAAUGAUUAUUGAAGCUUGUACAAGAAAGGCUCCAAUGGUGAGACUCAGCCAAACAGCGCCAGCACCGGCACCGAGGAAGACGCCAGCCGCAGCUGCAAUACAGCGGACACCACUGAGCCAGCUGCAGUGUUUCCACUGUGGACAGUUGGGGCACCUGGCAAGGGAGUGUUCGGCUUCUAACCUUUGCCAGGGGAACGCAGGGAACGGACUGGGAGGAAGGAUCAAAUAAAAAAAAAAAAAUUAGGAGCGCAGCACGAACCUGUCCCACACAAAGAGAAGCCAUCUUGAAAAUGAAGGCCCUGACCAUCUACUACUACUACUACUACUACUACUACUACUGGUGACCCAGAAGGCAGCAUGGAUCGUGCCCCAGCCCAAGCAGAACGUCUGGGUGACGUUGGCAAAAACCCUGCACCGUGAUGAUCUGUGUCUUUCCACUGGAGCAUCAGGAAAUCCAAUGGCUACCUGCCUGGUGGGGAUCCCUCUAAAGCCCACAGAAUUUCGUGAAGCUAUGACCUCUUUGGUUAAGAAUGUUAAUCAAGGAAAGCCGGCUGAUAGCGUUGCCUGAUCCCUCCCUGCCUACAAAGUAAGGAGACCUGUUAUGAACCCUCUCCUUCUCUGGAGAGACUGGCAGGAGAAAUUAGAGAAGGCAACCGAUGAGCCACAAGAAUUUGAUUUGCUUGAUUCGUCUCCCGCAUCCUUUUGUGUUCAUUUUAAUUACCACUCCUCUGACCCUAUUGUCAAGUGAUACAAGUUAAUAAGCAGUUUCAGGUUGCACAGUGGUGCCAGAACAUCGCCCACGUGAAAAUGGCCUCUACCCUUGAUUCUACACCCUGAAAGCUGGAAAAAGGUUUAUUUUUAAUUUGUGGAGACUAGGCAUAGGCAGGCAUCCCCUCUCGUCUCCUAGGAGGGCCGUGCACUUUGGGCCAGUUGUCCCUGUUCUCACCCAACGCGACUCAAAUUGACAAUUGGGCCACAAAAAAUAAUCUGGCUAUCAAAAAGCGCAGUCUUGACGAUCUGGACCAGACUGCGACUCUGAAAUUUUUCAUUGGAGUAAACUAAAUCAAGCUGCAGUAUCGUUGUUUUUGCCCUGGGUGGCCGCUGCCAAAGCUGUGGGAGAAUUAGGCCGAUUUGAGUGUUGGGUAGUGAAACAGGCAAAUUUAACGUCAACUGCGCUAAGCGACCUCCAGGAAGACGAGGAGAUUACCAGGCGAGCCACACUGCAAAAUCGUGCAGCCAUCGAUUUCUUGUUGCUCCUGCACAACCACGAGUGCAGGGAGUUUGAAGGGUUAUGUUUCCUAAACCUGUCUUCCAAAAGCCCCAACGUCCACCAAACCAUCAAUGAAAUGAGAGGCAUGAUCUACCAGAUCAAGCAAGAGUCAGAAGACUGGGUCACCAACAUUUUCUCUGGCUGGAGGAUAUCAGGAUGGCUCUCUUCAAUUAUAAAAUCAAUCUUAUGGAUUGUUUUCAUCAUUUUAUGAUAUUAAUUAUGUUUGCUAUAUUACAAAGAUGUUUAGUUCAAUCAGUUUCCAAUCUUUUGUCCACCCCGCCACAAGUUAACCAUGUUGAUUUAAAUCCUCCUUCCUCCUCCUUGGCUCCUCCCUCACCCACUUGUGAAGGAUGGUUUUUAAAGGAGACUGUGCCCUCUGCUCCCCCUGACCCUACACCCUGUUCCUCCUCUUUCUGAAAAAGAAAGGGGAGAUGUUGCGGUUCGUUUAUUUAAUUUUAUUAAGAAUAUGUUAAAGUUUGUUGGCACAUUCUUGUUUCCCCCCAUUGUUGUGUAAUGGUUUAGCCCUAGUUGUCAAUAUUGUUAACCCCUCCCCUUUUUCCUGAAAGUUCCCCGUCAAUUGUCUUCACCCUGCCCCAUCUCGCCAUCCAUCAUUGUAAACCCCACCUCUCCUUCCAGCUCCUUCUGUGUAUUUCAUCCCUUCCUCGAAGAGUCAUUGGUUACUAUGUUAUUGUCCCGCCCUCUUUGUAUCCCCAUUGGUCUCCAAUAUUGUAAGCUCCUCCCCUCCUCCCUCCGCAAACCCUGAUUGGGCCCUGACCACAGAAGUGCUUGGGGCUCUCUCCCCUGUUCUGUAGUCCCAGCCCAGACCCUUGUCUUCAUCCCUUUGCCCUAAUAAACUUGUUCCUGGGAAGUACAGCGGAUUGAGCCUCCUCUGUCCUUUAUCACAACCCACAACACCUGAGCUAGCAGAGCCCAGCAGGGGUCGGAGCUCUGUAGGUUCCACAGUGGGGUCGCCUUAUCCCUGCAGUUCCCCACUCCUGACAGCUGCCUGUGCCGGAGUGGCACCACAGAGCUAGCCCAGAGCUCCGGUGCGGCUAAGGAGCAGCAUCAAUAUUCCAGUUUUAUUUUUGUCUAGUUCAAAUUCUGUUGUCUGAAUUACCUGAACAAUUAGAGUUUGGCAGGAGGAAUAU